GCAAACAAACCACAUCAUCUGCGUCAUUCCCCGCCACCCUGGCCGCCCUAGAUGUCAGCCAUUUUAUAUAGCAAACGCGACUGAAUUCGUCCCAAAAAGUAGCUAGCAAUCAGGCCAAAAUACACAUUUAUAUUUACAGCUGUCAACCGCCUGAAGUGAAAAAAUGGAAACCGAAUGCCAAGUUGACUUCAGCACAGACGAGUUUCCAGAGGGCUCCAAGAUAAACGCAAGCAAAAACCAGCAGGAUGACGGCAAGAUGUUCAUCGGAGGGCUCAGUUGGGACACCAGCAAAACGGACCUCAUGGAUUACCUGUCGAAGUUUGGAGAGGUUCUAGACUGCACCAUCAAAACAGACCUGAUGACGGGCCGGUCCCGGGGCUUCGGCUUUGUCCUCUUCAAAGACGCAGAGAGCGUAGACAGGGUUUUGGAGCUGAAGGAGCACAAGCUGGACGGGAAGCUGAUCGACCCAAAGAGGGCCAAAGCCAUGAAGGGGAAAGAGCCGCCCAAGAAGGUGUUUGUCGGAGGCCUCAGCCCAGACACCCCGGAGGAGGAGAUCAGGGAAUACUUUGGGGCUUUUGGAGAUAUUGAUAGCGUCGAGCUUCCCAUGGACACCAAAACCAAUGAGCGACGCGGUUUCUGCUUCGUGACCUACUGUGAGGAGAUCCCUGUCCAGAAGUUGUUGGAGUGCAGAUACCACCAAGUCGGGGGCGGAAAGUGUGAAAUCAAAGUGGCCCAACCCAAAGAAGUGUACAGACAGCAGCAACAACACAGAGGAGAGAGGGGGGGCUACGGUGGAGGCGAAGGAUACAGGGGCCGGGGACGAGGAGGUCAGAGUAGCUACAACCAGGGUUACAACGGCUACUACGGCCAGAACUAUGGUAGCUACGGCAACGGAUACAACCAGGGAUACAAUGGCUACACAGGCUAUGACUACUCUGGCUACAACUAUAAUAGUUAUGGUUAUGGACAGGGAUACGACGACUACAAUGGCCAGCAGAGCAGCUAUGGGAAGGCCUCUCGAGAGGUCACAACCCACCAGAACAACUACCAGCCUUACUGAGCUGAUCUAAUCCAACAAGACCUGCUUAGACCUCUGCGGGGACUUCAUUGCAGGCCGUGUGUCGCCUGACCACGACAAUCUCUGGGCGUCGCACAUAGCGGGCAGAGAGCACGGCAUGCACAAGAAAACGCUGUCCUGCGGUAUGGUCUCUUCACACUUCCUGUAACCAGCGAUUUUAAACAAAAAGAAACAUAAGAAAAAGGACAAAUUAAUCUCUUUUUCAGUUUAAGUGUUUGCUUUAACGAUUUGUCAAAUUGAUUUUUUACAGGAUAUUAAUAUGAAACAGUAAAAAUGUACCUUGACUUGUAUUUGUGUAUUGUCUUAAUUUUAGUGGUCUUGUGUUUCAGUUCUGGAGCUUCAGUGGUUUUUGUUUCUUUUCUAUAAUGAACCCCUUUCUUAAACUCAAUGCUUGCUUUUUCUUUAUAGCCCUUAGAGAACUUCACUUGAUAAACACAACUUUUUUUUUUAACUUAGGUGUUAAAGAUCAUAUGUAAACCAGCUUUAUGAUGCCAUAAAAAGCUGAUGACUCAAAAUGUAAUAUUUGAAACUUCCACCAAAUGUCUUUACCUUUUAUAGUUUAGAUAUGGUCAUGUUUGGGCUUGCUCCUUAAUGGUGAAAUUGAGCCACCAAUUCAUUGGAGCUGAAGCUUUUGCUGGCCGGUGAGCUGUUACAGAACAGGCUACAGAACCUUGGUGAAGCUGCGAGUUCUACAUAUGAUCUUUAAAACGGAAUGGAGAGAAACAAACUAUUAAUAGUUUAAAGUUGACAGCACAAGCAGAAGUUAAACAGUGAAACAUGGACGUGCAAGGUUCACUGUGCCCUACAGAGCUCCAGAGUUGGUAACAUCUACUGUGUUGUGUCCUUGUUUGCAGACGGACUGGGCUGGCUGGUGGAUUGGAGAAUGACCCUGUACCCAUGUGGCAGCAUUGGGGGAUGAAUCCUAUCCUGUCCUCAGAUCAGCUCAUGUUUUAAACACCAGAAUCCUCUUCCUGAGAUGAAGCUGUCAUGAAGACAUGCAGUGCUUCUGACUUUGUAAAUAGCAAGGUUGACAUUUUUGGGGUUAUUGUCCCCCCCACUUCCCUUCAUCUUGUACUGUGCAGAGGUUGUAGGUCUAGGUUUCAUCAUGAUUUAAUGUGUUCUUAUUACGUUGAUUUAACUUAGCCUGUUUUCUGUUUUAAACUUGGAUUUUUCUGCAGUGUUUUGGAUAAAGGUAUUAUUAAAGAGGGUACAAAACAGA